UUUCACUGAAUGAUGUAGGGCCUUAAAUAUAGGCUUGGUGAAUGCACUUGUAUAGAUUCGCUUGAGUGUGUAUGUAAUUGUAAUGACAUUUACUUUUACUAACAGGUGGUGUGGUAAAUAGAUAUUUAGUAGGUUGUUUCUGCCUUUCUGUCUUAUGUUUUCAGUAAUUCCCCCAAAAGCCAGGUCACUUCAUGAGUGUGUACUCAGUUGAGCACUGCUGUACUAUACAGAGACUGACACAGACAUUCUAAAUGUUAUUCUAGAUUUCUGCAAAGGGUUCUCUCGGACCUAAGGGUACCUUCAAUAGAGAUUUACCUGUUUAAAGCCAAACUCAGUCUUGGUGAUACAUUAGUCUGUCUGGAGAAGCACACCUAACUUUGUAAGAGCAGGGACCACAGGCCCAAUCAACUGGGCAACCAUUGACACUGCACAGUGCCUACAGAUAGAGCAGUUCUGGUGUGAGAGGCAACAGACCAGUCAAUUCCAACUAAGCCAUUGACUAAGACAUGGACAUUAACUAUUUAAAUUUAUUAAAUAUAUUAUAGUGUUUUCUGAUGGCACUUCUCCUGUACCAGGAUUUUUCAUAAUUAUGUAUUCAUUUUAACAAAAUCGCUUUGACUUAAAACAUAAACCUCUGCACAAAGAAAUAUGUCUAUUAUGCUUUAAUGCACUUUCAUAUCUAUGGAGGCCGUAUGAAAGUUACAAGAGUGAAGAUUGGUUUCCAGUGAACAAUAUCUCUGUCCUGGGAAUGAAUCUACAAAGAGUUCAGCGUGUGGUGCUCAAAAAUAAAGGUAUCACAAUGUUGGGUGAUGCAGGUGUUUGAAAAUUUGGACAGUGAAAUAAUAAAUAGAUAAAGCAAGCUACCUUUUAUGUUGUUGGGUUGAUGACUAGCAGUUCCUUAAAUCAACAUACACCCGGAAGAUUCUUUUUUCUUGUGCAUAUGAAUCAAUUAUGUUUUAAUGGUAACGCUUCUAGCAAGCCUAGUGUCUAGCAUGCCUCUUACAUAGCCGGUGUUGGCAUGUUACCACAAUGUUGCUGUAAUAUAACUGACCUUGUACAUGAGAAAAACAUAAUGAAGGACAUCCUGUAGACUUGAUAAGAAUUCAAACGGAUUGCAAUGAAGAAUUCAGGAAAGGGAAGUUGAAUUUCUGAAAUCAGGACACUGUUAUGGGGUGGCCUUAUUUAUUUCCUUAAACAUAACUGAAUAUAUUUUGCUUAAUUAACUGCCUGUUUCAGCAAAAUAGUCAAUAUCCAGAUGUCACAUGCUAUCAUAACUCAAUUCUCGUCACUAAGGUUGUCAUUAGGCCUUUACAGUUUCCAAAAAUGUUCUUCAGUUGUUUAGGUAGAUGUGUACUGUGCUUUUGCUGUCAACAAUUUGGUUUGAUUUUUAAGGUGGUGAUCAUAAAGAUAGGCAAUUAUAGGCAAACAUACAUGUAAAAAAUUUUUAAAUGUAUGAGGUGUUCUAAUAUUUAAUAUGUCACAUUAACCCAGUAGCCCAACACCUCGAACUACCCUGGAAAACCUAACCGACCUAAUUGUCUCAUCGAAUUAUCGGUGUAAUUACUAUAUACACUUUUUGUGGAUAAAUAUGUAGGCCUUGGAGAAAUAUUUGCUGGGGAAUUUGAAAAUACAAUAGCUGCUGCCAUUCCUAACCAAAACACACGGCGGCGCUAAUAAAACUGUUUUAACUCUGGUGGAACUGCACGCGAAGAAGAGUGAAAAUAAAAAAGAAUGACUUUUUUGAAGAGGAGUGUUUGGACACUGUAUUGGAAAGGUAUAGUGGCAAAGUUGAGUUUGGACUCGAGGGUGGCCUUACAACUUUCACCCGGGCCAUGCCGUUAUUUUGACGAGCCUGUUGACGUGAAGGUCACGGGACUUCCCCCUGAACAAUAUGUUGAGGUGCGAUCCAAACUUAUAGACAGUAGAAACGUUUCCUUCGAGGCCUUGGCCACUUUUUGUUCUGACAAAAAUGGACAUAUUGACUUGGCGAGAUGUCCUUCGUUGGGUGGCAGCUACAGUGGAAUUGAGGCGAUGGGACUGUUUACUUCGAUGAGACCAUUGGUUCCACACAGUAGGCUAACCAAGAGGGAUGUGUCGACGCCGCUGUCAGUUGACAUAGAGGUGACGUGCAAUGGACUGGUCGUUGCCAAAGACACCGUCCAGAGGCGAUUUCUGGGAGAUGGUGUGCAGAAAGUUCCCUUGGAAGGUGGCAGUAUAAGGGGUUCACUGUUUCUGCCACCUGGACCUGGUCCCUCCCCUGCCAUUCUGGAUGUGCCUCACUAUGGUGGUGCUUUGACAGAACUACGAGCAAGCUUGCUAGCCAAUAAAGGUUAUGUUGUCAUGGCUUUGGCAUAUCGUGGUUAUCAGGAUUUGCCUAAAGUCAUGGAUAAACUUGACCUGGAGUACUUUGAGGAAGCUGUGACAUUCUUGCGGGCUCACCCCAAGGUAAAGGGACCAGGCAUAGGGAUCCUCUCCAUCUCCAAGGGUGGGGAUCUAGCCCUUGCAAUGUCAGCAUUCCUUCCUGGGGUCUCCGCAACUGUCUUCAUCAAUGGCUGCAACGCUAACACUGUGUUUCCCCUUCACUGUAAAGGCACAGUGAUCCCUCCUCUCAACAUUGACACAGACAAAAUAAUCUUCAGAAAGGAUGGACUUCUGGAUAUAAGGGAUGCUCUUCUAGAUCCCAUGAUGGAAGAGAACCAGGCCUCUGUGAUUCCCAUUGAGCGUGCAAACUGCCACUUCAUGUUUGUGGCGUCUGAAGACGACAGGAACUGGAACAGUGUUUUAUUCAGCGAACAGGCUGCUCAACGGCUUCGAGAUCAUGGGAAAGAGAACUUUGAGGUGGUGAGAUACCCGAAGGCAGGUCACUUCCUGGAUGUUCCCUACAUGCCCCACUGCCCCAGCAGUUUCCACCCAGUAGUGGGCACAGUAGUGGUGAUGGGAGGGGAGCCUAAAGCUCAUGCUGAGGCCCAGGUUGAUCUGUGGAAGAGGGUCCAGGAGUUUUUCAGGAAGCAUUUAAACAGUGAUCAUUCCAGUUUUAAAGCCAUGCUGUAGUGUGUUUUAGAAUGUGUACAAGUUAGUCUGUCCAUUGGAAGAGGGUCCAGGAGUUUUUCAGGAGGCAUCUAUGGUGAACACACUAAUCAUAAAAUCAUGCAGUGUAUCUGCAGAAUUGUCAUGACUUCGAAAUCAGGGCAGGCUUGUGUGCCAGAGUAGAUUAAUCUGUGCUUGUGUAUCAAAUUCAGAUACAACACCAUAAUAAUCAGGAUUUCCUGUUCUUUUGUCCUGAGGGGUUGAACUGAGUCAUAUUUCACCUUUAACCUAAUCAAACCCUUUAAUCUGAACCUAUUAAUAAAUAAUUGAGUGAUGUGUGCA